CCAUCUUGCAUAUCCAUGUUUCUAUUUCAGCCAACAAACCAGCCAGAGCAUAAACUGUGCUGUGGUGCAGCAAGGCGAGGCGAGGGGCAUCCCCGCAGGGUUGUCGGUCAGCUCAGGCAGCAGCAGCAGAGCAACCACACAGGAGGAGCAACACGGAUCCAAAACAUGGCUCUAAAUAGGAACCAUUCACAGAACGGCGGCGUUUUGAUAAACAGCGGGGAGAGUGUUGUCAGAGAAUGUAAGAAUGUGGAGCUGUCAUUCAGUGAUGUCACUUCCAAGACAGACCUGCUGAAGGGGACCAAGAAGGGCAUAGUUUACCUCACACCAUACAGGAUGGUGUUUGUUUCCAGUAAUACAAAAGAUAUCCUGGGUUCAGCUAUGUUUCCCUAUUACCUGAUGAAGGGCUGCAGUAUUGAGCAGCCAGUCUUUGGAGCUAACUUCAUCAAAGGGACUGUUUCAGCUGAACCUGGUGGUGGCUGGGAAGGCCAGGCCCAUUUCAAGAUGUCAUUCCCUAGUGGAGGAGCCAUUGAAUUGGGACAGCAUCUCUUCAAACUGGCUACAAAUGCUUCUCGUGCCGGUCCUCCUCAGAAUGGUGUGGCUUCACAUGGAUAUCCUUCACCCGGUAUGAUGAGUGGCUAUGGUCCGCCUCCACCUGCUCCUAAUGGCUACGCCUAUCCACAGGCUCCGCAGCAUAAUGGAUUCUACCAGGGGCCACCUCCACCUGCUCCUGGCAACAUGGGCUACCCCUACCCACCAGCUGCUGCAGGAAUGUACCCCUCCAGUUAUAACUACAUGGCCCCACCCCCACCAUAUCCAGGGCCACCCCAAAAUUGGACUGCACCCCCCCAAAACUGGACGGCAGCGGCACCACCACCACCUCCAGGUAACUCCAAGGCGGCUGAGGCAGCAGGCAGCGCAUAUUACAAUCCCAGUAAUCCACACAAUGUCUACAUGCCAGCGGAGCGGCCUCCACCAUAUGCACCAUACCCAGAAUCUCCUAACAAGAAAAACAACUGAGGCUGAGGCAUCAUGACAUACAUGACUCUCUUCUUUCCUCCUUUGUAUAUUUUAAAUAAAUAAAUAAAUGCAUAUACACACACG